AUGGCGGCCCGAGAGCUCGAAGACUUGACGGAGAACAGGUCCGAUGCGAGUUUCCUGAGGAGAAAGAGGGGAAGGGAAGUGAGAGAUUACCAGGAGAGAGGAAGCUCCAUAUGCGAGCCAUGGGUGGCCUGCGAAGUCCGGCAACCAGUCGAUGGUGGAGACGGAUCGGUUAGGGGCGGGUGGGAUGAUGUCAGAUCGGAGAAGACGGAGCGGAAGAUGAUCAACGGGGUCCACCAAUAG